AUAAAACCAACAGCCAAAACUUCGUCUAUCCUGCACCAUUUAUUAUCCCUCCUCUCAAUCGUUCUCCUCGCUUCCCUUUCUCUCUUAUCCAAUCCAAUCCAAUCCCAAUCCAACGCUGCAAAUUGCUCGAACACCCACAAGGCAGAAUAUGCUCUCUGCCUCUGCUACAUGUCUGUGCAUGCUUAAAUUCUAGGAUGAGAAUAAAUUCAAUCAAGAAUUGCUAGUUUUGGCGAUAAGAGUUUGCGAAUGGGAACGGGUUCCUCCAAGGAUGCGGAUGGUAGCUCUCAUGGGGAAGGGCGAGAAGAGAGUCUGGACCAAGCUGGAGGUCAGCUCUAUGUGUCUCUUAAAAUGGAGAACUAUAAGCGAAAGGGCGACCUUAUCCCUCAUGUCUAUGGCUCCGUUCCUCUUGUUGGCUCCUGGGAUUCUUCUAAAGCUCUUUCAAUGGAGCGCGAAUCGGCUUCAAUGUGGGAAUUGAGCUUUGUUGUUCCUCCAAAUCACGAAACUUUGGAUUUCAAGUUCUUGUUGAAGCCAAAGUACAGCAACAGUCCUUGCGUGGUUGAGGAUGGCCCAAAUCGGCUUCUUUCUAGGGGAACAUUGCAAGGGGAAUCUAGACUGGCUGUCUUUAGGAAUGGUGAUGAGGUUCAUGAAUAUAGAGUGUUCAUUAAAGCAGACAGAGUUUCACCCUUUGACCUUGCUGCUAGUUGGAGAGCUUAUCAGGAGAAUCUCCAACCUUCAACUGUUCGUGGGAUUCCUGAUGUCAGUAUCAAUUCUGUGCCAAUUGCAGGAGCUGAGAAUGGCUCCUCAGCUAGUUUGGAGCUGGAUCUUGAACAUUAUGUCAUCCCAGCGCCAUCAACUUCUGCAAACUCAGGUCUGGUAUAUGCAGCUAACAAUGCUGAGAAUCCAAGGUUUUCAAGUGGUGAUGGCUCAGGCAAUGCUUCAAAUUCCUAUAAGGAUGGUAGUUUUUCUGUUGAUCGGCCUGCAACUAUUAAGGAGAUGGAGGUCAGUAUCCCAGAUCCAUCCAGGGUCUACUCAGGUUCUGGGUUGGUUGAAUCGAAGUCAGUGGGGACAUUUUCUCCUUUGCAAAAGCAAGAUGGUCACAGGGGACUCUUUGUGGAUAGGGGGGUUGGAUCUCCUAGGCUAGUUAAAUCAUCCAGUUCAAGUACUUUUGCUUUUGAUCUCAAACUGGACACAGAAACCAAGAAUUCAAUGCCAGCAGCUGCUGGAGCUGUUGCAGCAGCAGCUGUAGCUGAUCAGAUGCUUGGACCAAAGGAGGAUAGACAUUUGGCAAUUGUUCUGGUUGGUUUGCCUGCUCGAGGCAAGACUUUUACUGCUGCGAAACUUACAAGAUAUCUUCGCUGGUUGGGUCAUGAUACCAAACACUUCAAUGUUGGGAAGUAUCGACGCCUUAAGCAUGGAGCUAAUCAGUCUGCAGAUUUUUUCCGAGGUGACAAUCCUGAAGGCAUGGAGGCACGUAAUGAGGUAGCAGCACUGGCAAUGGAUGAUAUGACUACCUGGAUGCAAGAAGGUGGCCAGGUAGGAAUAUUUGAUGCAACAAACAGUACCAGAAGUAGGAGGAAUAUGCUGAUGAAAAUGGCUGAAGGAAAGUGCAAGAUUAUUUUUUUGGAAACAAUAUGCAAUGAUGAACGCAUUAUUGAAAGAAAUAUACGUCUUAAAAUUCAACAAAGCCCUGACUAUGCUGAGCAGCCAGAUUAUGAAGCUGGAUAUCAAGAUUUCAAGGAUCGACUGGCCAAUUAUGAGAAAGUUUAUGAGCCUGUGGAAGAAGGAUCCUAUAUCAAAAUGAUCGAUAUGGUCAGUGGACAUGGUGGACAAAUACAAGUAAACAAUAUCAGCGGCUACCUUCCUGGACGAAUUGUCUUUUUCUUGGUGAAUACACAUCUCACACCCCGCCCAAUAUUACUUACUAGGCAUGGAGAAAGUCGGGAUAAUGUUAGGGGCAGAAUUGGUGGAGACACUGUUUUGAGUGAUGCUGGAGAAAUUUAUGCGAAGAAACUUGCCAACUUCGUUGAAAAACGACUGAAAUCUGAGAAGGCUGCCUCUAUUUGGACUAGCACACUGCAGAGAACCAUUCUCACAGCUAGUCCAAUCGUUGGAUUUCCUAAGAUUCAAUGGCGUGCCCUUGAUGAGAUAAAUGCUGGAGUAUGUGAUGGAAUGACUUAUGAAGAAAUAAAAAAGAACAUGCCUGAGGAGUAUGACAGGUCUCGUAAGAAGGACAAGCUGAGAUACCGGUAUCCUCGAGGAGAAUCUUAUCUGGAUGUCAUUCAAAGGCUAGAGCCUGUGAUUAUUGAACUUGAAAGGCAACGAGCUCCUGUCGUAGUGAUUUCUCAUCAGGCAGUAUUAAGAGCUUUGUACGCAUACUUCGCUGAUAGGCCUCUGAAAGAAAUUCCCCAUAUUGAGAUGCCACUUCAUACUAUAAUAGAGAUACAAAUGGGAGUUACAGGUGUCCAAGAGAAAAGAUACAAACUCAUGGAUUGAACAUGGUUAUAGAAAAUUCCAUAUUUUUCCAUUUAAUUUCCAAUGGAGAUUCGACUCUCUGCAAUAAUUGAUGUAUGAAAGUUAAUGUGAUGCUGUAAAUAACUCAUUUCCAAUGUUUUAGCAUAUUUGUUUUUCA